AUGUUAUUAUGUAUAUUACAUGUAUAUUACAGAACACCUUGUAAAGGGUUCAUAGAAGAUAUCCCUUCUAAACCGCAAAUUUCCAAUCCCACAUACUAUAAACCCCAACAAGCGCUGAUAAAGUCUACCAGUGCAACUACCAAGACCAGAAUCGUGCUUGAUGCAUCAUCAAAAAUAAAAGACGUAAACAUCCCUCCUACACCGAUUAAUAUCCGCAUGCUCCACUUGUGUAGGCUGCCAUUUGGCAUUAACGCCUCAUCACUCCUAUUGGGUAUAUCAAUACAAUAUGGACUUGAACAACAAAAACAAGGGGAUAAAUUCACUAUAAAACAAUUGAUCGAGAAUUUAUAUGUCGGUAAUCUUCUGAUGUUAAACUCAACGGCGCAGCCCCUUCUCAACACCUACCAUAUUUGUAAAAGGAUUUCCGCUAACAUGUCCAUGAAUCUUCGCCAAUUCAUAACAAACGAUGACAAUUGCAAUUCCCACAUCACUGAUGAAGACAAAAUAACAAUCUCCUCUGUCAAAAUUCUAGGUAUUCCUUGA